UAUAUUGAUCCAAUGUUGCUGUAUGUUAUUGUAAGUGAUAGAUCAUUUUCAUGACAAUAUAUCAGAUAAACCAACAUUGUUAGAUUUAGGUACAAUUUUCCAUCUUUCAGGUGAAUAUGAUCGGGCUAUAAAAUACAACCAAUUAUUACUUGAAAAACUUCCACCAAAUCAUUCGAAAAUACCGACACUUUACAACAACAUUGGAUCUGUUCACAAUAGUCAAGGUAACUAUAUAGAAGCGUUGAAUUGCUAUAAUAAAACGCUUGAAAUUCGAUUAAAAUAUUUUCACGAAAAUGAUCUAUCACUUGCAAUAACAUACAGCAACAUUGGAUCAAUAUACAAUAAUCAAAGUAACUAUGUUGAAGCAUUGAAUUAUUGUAAUAGAGCGCUUGAAACUCGAUUAAAACUCUUACAUGAAAAUCAUUCAUCACUUGCAAUAACAUAUAACAACAUCAGAUCAGUACAUAAAAAUCAAGGCAAUUAUGUUGAUGCAUUGAAUUGUUAUGAUAAAGCACUUGAAAUUCAAUUAAAAUCAUUGCCUGAAAAUCAUCCAUUACUUGCAACAACAUACAAUAAUAUUGGAUCAAUGUGGAACAAUCAAGGGAACUAUGUUGAAGCAUAA